AUGUUGAUAAUAAUAGUUGGUAUUGUCAAGACUGAUCUACAAGUGCAAGUACCCGAGGGCUCCUAUGGACGCGUGGCGCCACGCUCCGGCUUGGCUGUGAAGAACUUCAUUGAUGUGGGUGCUGGCGUCGUGGACGAGGACUAUCGCGGCAACCUGGGUGUUGUCCUGUUCAAUCAUGGAGACGUCGACUUCGAUGUGAAGCGUGGAGAUCGCAUUGCUCAGUUUAUUUGUGAACGCAUAUUCUAUCCGGAGUUGGAGCAGGUCGACAAAUUGGAGGACACGGUGCGCGGCGAAGCCGGUUUCGGUUCAACUGGAGUCAAUGAGCUGCCGGAGGCCAAGAAGGAGCAAAAUGGCAAAGAGAAGGAGCCACUUGGCGAAAACAAUGCUAAGCCAAUUUCUACAUAGGGGAAAAUGAUACGCUGAAAGUUUCACUUCAUCUAACUAUAAGUUCAAAUUGUCAUAGUCCAACCAAACCUCAUGAAUUCCAUUGUUAGUAUUACAAGUUAAUAAUAAAAACAGUUAAAGCACAGAA